AUGAAAACAAAAUCUAUUGAAACAAAACCGGAAAAUUCAACUAAAGAAAAAAAUUCAUCUGAAUGUCCAUUCGAUUUUGAUGUAUGUCGAAAAGCAUUAAUAGCUCUUAAACAAAUUAUUAAUAAUGCUCAACAAGGUCAUAAACAAUUAUUAGAUGAAUCAACACCAAUAAGUCUUUAUCUUCACGUACAUAAAAUACCUCGAUGUACUUAUCUUCGUCUUUCAUCUCAAUUACCUCAUCCAUUUAUACAACAAAAUACACGUGAUGUGUGUCUUUUUGUACGUGAUGAUGAUAUUAAUGGUCGAGAAUAUGAAUCAACAAUACGUCGUUAUAAAUCAAUGAUUGAUCAGUUUAGACUUCCAUUCAAUGUCGACAUCAUGACACUUAAACAACUUAAUCAAGAAUUAGUUCCAUAUGAAGCUAAACGAAAAUUAUGUUCACGUUAUGAUCUUUUUCUUGCUGAUCGACGUAUAAUGACAUCAUUAAUGCGUGGUCAAUUACUUGGUAAACAUUUUCGUUAUCAUGGAAAAAUGCCAUUAGGUAUUAAUGUUUUCAAUAAAGAUUUUAAACAACGUUUAUUAUCAUUAUGUUUAUCAACAUAUGGUCGUAUGGCUGGUACAGGACCACUUUUUUCUAUGUAUUUUACAACUGUUAAACAAUCUAUUGAUCAUGGAAUUGAAAAUCUUAAAACAAUUUGUCAAACUAUUGGCAAAGAAUUGCCUGGUGGUUGGUUAAAUGUUAAUCAUGCUUAUUUAUAUGGAAAUAAUUUACAAUCAUUACCAAUUUAUUAUAGUACACAUAAUAAAAAUGAUGUUGAAAAAUUAAAUCUUCCAUUCAAUAAUCAAAAUGAAUUAACACAAAUAGGUGAAUUAUCAACAUUAGAAAAAAAUCUUAAUGUUAUUGUAGGACCAAAUGGAAAAAUAAAUUUAACAAAAAGAACUAAAUUAAAUAAUAAUAAUAUUAAAAAGAAAAAACCAACAAAACGUUUACAAAAAACUUGGAUAAAAGGUGAAGAUUUACCAGUUUUUAAUACUGAUAAUAAACCUUUAGUUGAUACUGCAUUUGUUAAACGUGUUGCUGAUACUAAACUUGCCAAAAAAAAUGAAAAACCAAAACAUAUUGAACAAAAUUAUGCUAGUAAACCAGCACCAAAAGCUGAAAAACGAAAACGUCUGUUAGCUGCUGUUAAACAAGCUGCAACACAAAAUAACAAUGAUGAUGAUGUUCCAACAUUAAUUGAUGAUAGUGAAGAACGAAAAAUAAAAAGUGGUGGAAGAAGUAAAAAAAAAGUUCGUGUUAAUGUUUAA